ACCAAAAUCUCUAUAAAGCUCAGACUUUCUCAAAUCGCACCUACAUAUCUCCGCGUCCAACCUCCAACAAUGCAGGCCAAGAUUGAACAACAGCCGUUCAACAAGCAUGUCCAACCACCAACCAGGUUCGACAAGAAGCCUCUUCGCUCCAUUUUUCUCGCAGGAAGCAUAAACAUGGGGGAUGCCCCACCGUGGCAGAGAGAGAUGGCAGAGAUGCUCUCAGAUUUGCCUAUAGUUGUAUAUAACCCACGCCGCGAUCGAGAAGGGAACAAAUUUGAUCCAACCCUAAAGCAAGAUAUCUCAAACACAAAGUUCAGAGAACAAGUCGAGUGGGAAAUGGACCAUCUCAAACAGUGCGAUAUCAUUGCGAUGUACUUUGACCCACACCCCGAGAAAUUGUCACCAAUUACCCUACUGGAGCUGGGUCAUCAUGCGAAAGACCGAAAGCUAAUUGUCGGCUGUCCGGAUGGGUUUCUCCGCAAGGGUAACGUCCAGAUAGUUUGCAAACGUUUCGACAUACCUCUCAUUGAGUCGCCGGAGGAAUUCAAGACGGUAGUUAGACAAGAAGCCGAGAAGCUGUGUGCAACAAAGGUCAGCGAAUGGGAAAUUGUGAACUUCAUGUGGGGAAUUUGGAGAAGCGUUACUAGUAGGAUUAUGGGAUAA